UGUGUAUGUGUUUUUAUUUUGUAGUUUUAAUGACCUUUGCUGGGAUUUAAUUGAAAUUUUUAAAGAUGCCACCAAAAAGAGGAAGGGGUCGAGGUAGAGGUGGUCCUCCUGAUAGAAGAGAGCUACCUUUACCAGCUGCUACUGAAAGGCCUGGUGGUCCUUCUGAUAGAAGAGAGCUAACCUCACCAUCUACUACUGAAAGGCCUGGUAGAGAUCAAAGGCCAUUGCAUGAGGAAACAAUAAGGCGUCAUCCUUUACCUGAACAACAAAUUCCUGAAGUUCAGCCUGUACGGGAAAGAACAGCAGAAGCAAGGAAACCUCGAACUGUGCAUCCUGAAGAGCUGGGUAUUGAAUUGAAGCAAAAGUUAGCAUUGUCAACACUGGCAGCAGGAUUUCCACGUAAUCCUGGUCAAGGACAGCUAGGACGACGUAUUAGAUUGAUUUCUAACUGUUUCCCAAUUGAGAUACCUAGUGGAAAUAUUUACCAUUAUGAUGUAGACAUAGUGAAUAAGAGAAAUGUUUCUGAAACUGGCACUGGAGCUGCAGCUCCUCUUAGUGUUGAUAAGAAAUAUCGUUGUUUAAGUACCAAGCGUAACAGGGAAAUUGUUAACUUGAUGUUGCAGAAUGAUCGAAAUUUCCAAGGUUUGUUUGCUGCAUAUGAUGGUAGAAAAAAUUUGUAUACUAGGCAUGCUUUAAAAAUGGAGACCAUUCCUUUAAAAUGUGAAAUAGUCAUACCAGAUGAAAAUCCUGGUGACCCAGCUGACCCUCGAGGUGCAAGGGUUAGCACAUUCAUUGUUUGUAUUCAGCCUGUCAGAAAGAAAGAUUCAGAUUCUUGUGCCAUUAAUUUAGAUUCCCUGCAUGCUCUUUUUGCUGGUAAAGUAACUUCUAUAAAUCAAGAAGCUGUUAUGGCUCUAGAAACUGUUCUUCGCCAUGGUCCUUGUUUGAGGUAUACUCCCGUUAACCGAAGUUUCUUUUAUAAACCACACCCUGAUGAAGUACAUCCUCUUGGUGGGGGAAGAGAAAUUUGGUUUGGUUAUCAUCAGAGUUUACGCUUAGGCCAGUGGAGACCAAUGGUAAAUAUUGAUAUAACAGCUACUACAUUUUAUGAAAAGAAGCCUAUUCUUAAUUAUAUUGCUGACUUUAUGAAAACUUCUGUGGAUGGUUUACGUCAUAUACCUUCUCUGAGAGAUUCAGAUAUUAAAAGGAUCAGCAAGGAAUUGAAAAGUAUGCAAAUUGAAGUGAACCAUUUAAGAAAUUAUAGAAGAAAAUAUAGAAUUUUGAGACUGACUAGAGAAAGUGCUAACCGUUUAUCAUUUCCACUUGAUAUUAAUGGAAGAAGAACUGAAAUGACAGUGGCUGAAUAUUUUCGUGGCCACCAUAAUAGAAGAUUAGAGUUUGGUCAUCUGCCAUGUUUGCAAGUAAAUCCUGAGACUAAGAAAGUAUAUCUACCACUUGAAGUUUGUGAUAUGGUAGAAGGUCAACACUGUAAAAAGAAACUGGAAGAUAGACAGAAUGCAGAAAUGAUAAAAUUCACUGCCCGUGCUCCUCGAGACAGAUUUAAUGAAAUCAGAGAUAUCAUCAGAACAGCUAAUUAUAAUCAGGAUGACCAUUUAAGAGAAUUUGGGAUGAGGGUGUACUGCGAGCCACUAAAGCUUGAAGGCAGAGUUCUCGAAGCACCAAAUGUACAAUACAAAACAAUGAAAAGUCCUGAUCUUAUUAGAAUAAAACCCAAAGAUGGGUCCUGGGAUAUGAGGGAUAAGGAAUUUUUUCGCCCUGCAGUUAUACAAAAUUGGGUAUUGUUAAGUUUCGCUCAUCCUAGAUUUUGUUCUCUUGAGAUGCUUAAUACGUUUGCUCAAAUGUUAUGCAGAGUUGCUCAUGAGACUGGUAUAACUAUGAGUCGGCCAGAACUUAUUGAUAUUAAAAAUCCUGCAUCUGUGAGAGUUGAAACUGUGCUGAAAGAUGUAAAAAGGAAAUUUAAUGCUGAAUUAGCAGUAGUAGUUGUUCCUGCUGCACAUAAGACAAUUUAUGGAGAUGUUAAACAAGCUGCAGAAACUGAAAUUGGGCUUUGCACACAAUGCAUAAAAGAUGAAAAUGUAAAAAGGUGCAAACCUGCCUUAGUAAGUAAUUUGUGCCAAAAAAUUAAUGCAAAAAUGGGUGGCAUCAAUAAUGCUUUAACACCUGGUGAGAAACCAAAAAUCAUGAGUAGGCCGGUCAUCAUUAUUGGGGCUGAUGUAACACAUCCUGGUCCAUCACAGGAUGUCAAGCCAUCACUUGCUGCUGCCGUUGGCAGUCUGGAUGCCCAUCCCUCUCGAUAUGCAGUUACUUGUAAAGCUCAGACAAAUGUAGAUGAGAAAAAGCAGGCGAUGGAAAUCAUUCUUGAUCUAAAGGAUAUGGUUAUUGAUUUGUUGAAAGCAUUUUACCGAAAUACUAAGGGAAAGAAACCUGAAAAAAUUAUUUUUUAUCGUGAUGGUGUUAGUGAAGGUCAGUUUGAGAAGGUCAGAGAACAUGAGGUCAGAUGUAUUAGAGAAGCCUGUAGAUCUUUAGGUGAAGAUUAUCAGCCUGGAAUAACAUUCAUUGUUGUUCAAAAACGACAUCAUACUAGGUUCAUGCCUGAAGAUAGUAGAGAAGGAACAGGAAGAAUGCGAAACAUGCCACCUGGCACAACUGUCGACACAACUGUAACUCAUCCUCUCAACUUUGAUUUCUUUCUGUGCAGUCAUUUUGGGCUACAAGGUAUGAAAUCGUUUUACAUAUUUUUUAAGAAUUUCAUAUCAGUUUUCAUUGUGAAGAAUAUAUUACUCUGUGGCUAAUUUUUCAUGAUUUCAAUAAUAAAAAUAUGAAAUUAAUAGUAUUAACACGUGUUUUUACAUGUAGAAUGCUUUUAAAUAUAAUUCACUAAUUUUGUUUCUCCUUAUAUAUGAUAAAUCAAUCAGGUUGGCUCAAAAGAGUUCAUUUCAGUGAAAAAUU